UCAUUCUUUCACUCCUCUUCCAAUAUGGCAACCAGGUGGGGAAUCUGCGGCGCGGGGCGGAUCAGUCAUGAUUUUACUGUGGCCUUGAAAACUCUGCCCACUGAAGACCAUCAGGUUGUGGCCGUGGCAGCUCGCAAGUUAGAGAGUGCACAGGAGUUUGCCAGAAAGCACAGCAUCUCUCAAGCAUAUGGCAGCUAUGAGGAGCUGGCCAGAGAUCCAAACAUUGAUGUGGUGUAUAUUGGAGUUAUCCACCCCUUCCAUCUGAGCACUUGUCUGCUCUUUACGAACGCCAAGAAGAAUGUGCUGUGUGAGAAGCCGCUGGCCAUGAACUCCAGGGAGGUGCAGGAGAUCCUGGCCUCUGCCAAGAAGAACGACGUCUUCCUCAUGGAGGCUGUCUGGACCCGUUUUUUCCCGGCCUCUGUGGAGAUCAGGAGGCUUCUGGCCCAGGGGGAGGUGGGUGAUUUAAAGAUGGUCAGAGCGGAGUUUGGCGUGCCAUUGAUGCACGUACCAAGAGCGACGCAGAAGGAGCUGGGUGGAGGAGCAAUACUAGAUAUUGGCAUCUACUGCCUGCAGUUCAUAUGCAUGGUGUAUGAUGGAGAGAAGCCAGAGUGCAUACAAGCCACUGGAAUCUGCCUGGAUACGGGAGUGGAUGAGACUGUGGUUGUCACUCUGAAGUUUUCCAAGAACAGAAUGGCUGUGUUUUCCUGCUCUUCGGUUGUACAGCUGCCCAAUGAUGCCAUUAUUGUUGGCACAAAGGGCACAAUUAAGGUCCCUGCCCACAUGUGGUGCCCCACAUCAUUGGAGGUGCAUGGAAAGGGGACUCAGUACCCAGUGCCUGAACCCUAUUUGCCUCUCAACUUCCUCAACAGCACAGGGAUGCGUUAUGAAGCAGAGGAGGUUCGCCAGUGUUUGCUCAAAGGGCUGAAGGAGAGUGCAGUUAUGCCUCAUGCUGACUCUCGUCUGCUGGCUGAGUUGGAGGAUGAGAUUCGAAAGCAGGUGGGGGUGGUGUACAGCCAGGACCGCCAAUGAGUGCUUAACAUAUACUCAAGAUUGUGAUUCCCUGCAGUGCAACAAGUUUAGAAUAGACACUAAUUUGCUCUUAUUUUUACAAGUGAUACACUGCAUUACAUCCAUACACUACCAGCAGUUAAUGCAAGAUGUUGUGAUCUUGAUGAAGAAAGUUCAUUUUUUUUAGAGUCAACUUCUACUUGUCAUUGUGGCUGACCAUGGUGAGCUCUAGUAGGGUUCAUGUUUUCAGAUAAAGAAGCUCAUCAUAAACCUAUCCACAACCUCACUGGAUCAUUUGGGUCUAACCUCACAAUAAAACACUGAAAUGUUUGCUUAUUCAUAAAAAGAUU